AUGGCUCUGGCUCUUCCGCCAGAUUUGCCGGAUCCGCCGGAGGGAAACAGCGAUACGAUGGAGGCGACGGUGGUGUCUCUGGUGGGGGAAGUGAAUCGAAGUGAUAAAAAAAAUAUUGAAGAAGGGAAGAGGGUUGAGAGCUGGGUUCAGGCUGCUCAAGAUAAGAAGGUUCUGAAGAAGCAUAAGGUUGAGAUAUUGAAGAAGGAUGGAGCUAAUAUGGUGGAGAUUCCUGAUGAAAUCAUCGAGAAUGCUACGCCUAUGUGGGAAGACUUUGUCGUGGGGAAAUUUUUGGAUCAAGCGCCUCACAUAGCGAAGGUCCAUAUGGUGCUCAACAAAAUUUGGUGCUAUGGAGAUUCUAAAACGAAGAUUGAUGUCUAUGAUGUUAACCCCACUACUAUGCGAUUCAAGGUCUCUAAUCCUAAAGCGAGAGAGAAAAUUCUCAGAAGAGGGAUGUGGAACAUAGCAGGGGUGCCUAUGGUGGUUACCAAAUGGACGCCUACAGUAGAAGGUGAGGAUAAGCAAGAUGAAGAAAUUCCAAUGUGGGUUCAUUUAGAAAAGGUUCCGUUGCAUAUGUAUUCGUGGGAAGGGAUUAGUUUCAUUACUAGUCCAGUGGGGAUUCCAGUGAAGUUGCAUCAGGAGACCAUUGCCUGUUCUAAUUUGGAGGAAGCAAAAGUUUUUGUGAAAGUUGAUACUUCAAAGGUGUUGCCGAAGGAGAUCACGUUUACAAAGGAUUGGAAGCAGUUCACAGUUAAAUACUAUUAUCCUUGGCUUCCUGCAAGGUGUAGUUUCUGUGAGAAAUGGGGACAUGGUGAAGCUGUGUGUGGGGUUAAAGCGAAGGCAAAAAAGCAAAAUAGUAGUCCAGUUGUUGCUAGAAUGCAGGGUAGUGAAGUCAAAAGUCCUAAAGAGAAUGUAGUGGAGAAAGAAGUGGGGGAAGUAAGCUCAAGUAAGUCUAGUAAGAUGGAUAACCAAGAUACAGUUUUAGUUAAGGGAGAUGAGGAAAUUGUAGAGAAGUUGGGAAAUGAAUGGUCUGAAGUGUCUCCAGCGAAGAUUGGGAGGCUGCAGAAUAAUCUAAAUAGUACUAUGGAGAUUCAGAUAUCUGCUUCGAAAUAUUCUGUGCUCAUUGGUGAAGAGGAGGAAGGAGAAAUUAUAGAAAAGAAACAGAAUCUGGAUGAGGAUGUUAGCGAGGAAGAGAAUGAUGAAGCUGAGAAUCAAGAGAGUGAUCAUAUUGAAGAUUCUUUAUUGGAUCAACAUGUCAAAGAAAAAGUGAAGAUAGGGAUGCAAAGAGGAAGAAAGAAAGGUCAGAAAUCCAAAGCUCAAGAUCCUAACCAGGUUAAGAGCACAAGGGUUUCUCGCCGAAAGAACUAA